ACGAACUCCACGGCUUGGUAGCAGCGAAGAAGGUCUUUUCCGCACGCCGGGCUUGAGCAUUAGUCAUGUUCUUGCUGCGCUCGUCGUCGUCGGGCUGCUUGGUGCAGUAGUACCCAUGCAGCAAUGGGUGCCGCCGUCCCUCGAUUACGUCCAACCAAAGAUCACGUGCUUUAGACGCGGAGACGAGCAUGUCCGGUUUCGUCAGGACACCUGCCAGUGUCGUUCAUCAGACACAGUUUGC